ACUCUCAUUUGUCACCGCUUUGUGUAUUUUUGCUCUAACUUGACACACGGCUCGGAUGGGCCAAAGGCUGAACUAUUUCUGCUCUCUUCUGUUUUCGGGUCUUGAUCGCUCUGAACAAGCGGCUCCGCGCGUGACGACAGCGGCGGAAAUAUUUUUUCGCUGUUCAAAAUGGCACCGUCUCAAUCAGGAAGUGGAGAAAACAACUACGAAGAAUAAGUUGGAUAAAAUUCCACAUUUCUGUUACUUUGACGCGAGUCUUCGAUCAAAAUCAGCCCGUGAGCUCGGGGUUUGGACUGAGAAUAAGUAACACGUUAACGGUCAUGGACAGUAUUUGCCCUUGUUAAAAGUGCUAUUUCACAUACAGCCAGCACGUAGGUGGUGGUCAGAAAGUCCAUAGUUUAAGUUAGCUUGGUGAUCAUGAGUGAAGCUGUGGUCUGAUGCCCAUCCUCACCUCAGCGCUGGCCAUGGACGGGGAGAGCUACCUGCAUCCAGAAGGCCCUCAGCUGGACAGCAGCUUGUUCUCUGUACCCCCAUCUAACAUGGAGAGUUCAAUAUUUGCCACCUCUGGUACCUGGGGAUCCCUCUCUACUCAGCAGGGUGCAUAUAGCAUACCCUGCCCUAUGCAAUCUGGAAAUCAGCAGUACCACUUAAACGGCAGAACUAUCACCACCAUUCCAGAUAUGCAAGUGGACAUGUUCUCGGGAUUCCCUGACAUGGACUUUACAGGCCUCAGCCUCCCUAGGAAUGGAGAUUUCCAGGACUUGGCCUGCCUUGAUGACAUCUCCACAAACUCUCUGUUCCCCUCUCCGACUGACUCACUGUCGGAGUAUGCUGAACAGUCCUUCAUCAGCACAAACAACCUGGACACAGUGCCCACAAUCUGGGACGUCACUAAUACCACCACACCAGCACAGAGCCAGUUAGAGCAGAAUGGCACCAGCAGGUUUCAAGGCUUGGCCAGUUUGGAGGAUAUAUCUGCUAUUAUCAGCACCCCACCUUUAGGAGGAUUCCAGGCUCAGACAACCCCAGCAGCAGCAGCAGCAGCAGAGGAGGAAGAGGAGGCUGAGGAAGAAGAAGCAGAGGAAUUGGGACAUGUAGACACAUAUGCUGAGUACAAACCUUCCAAAUCCAAUAUAGGAAUUUCUCAUCCUGACAUAGUGGUGGAAACCAACACGCUAUCCAGUGUCCCUCCUCCUGACAUCACAUACACUCUGUCCAUCCCCGAGUCAACUAUUAACAAUGGCCUGCUGUCUGCUCUGCAGCUAGAGGCUAUCAUAUAUGCCUGCCAGCAACAUGAAGUGAUCCUUCAGAAUAACCACAGGGCAGGCUUCCUGAUCGGAGAUGGGGCAGGGGUCGGAAAGGGACGCACUGUGGCAGGAAUCAUCCUAGAGAACUACCUUAAGGGAAGAAAAAAAGCAUUAUGGUUCAGCAUAUCCAAUGACCUGAAAUUUGAUGCAGAGAGAGAUCUCAAAGACAUAGAUGCACCGAAUAUUCCUGUACAUGCUUUAAACAAGAUAAAGUACGGUGACACAGCUACCUCAGAAGGAGUCUUGUUUGCAACUUACUCUGCGCUGAUUGGAGAGAGCCAAGCAGGAGGCCAGCAUCGGACGAGAAUUAAACAGAUCUUGGAUUGGUGCAAACCAGACUUUGACGGAGUUAUUAUUUUUGAUGAAUGCCACAAAGCCAAGAAUGCCACAUCUACAAAGAUGGGCAAAGCAGUGCUUGACCUGCAAAACAAACUGCCGCAGGCCAGAGUGGUGUAUGCUAGUGCCACAGGUGCCUCUGAGCCAAAGAACAUGAUUUAUAUGAGCCGACUAGGAAUUUGGGGUGAGGGCACACCCUUCCGAACCUUUGAUGACUUCCUGCAUUCCAUUGAGAAGAGAGGUGUCGGGGCCAUGGAGAUUGUGGCCAUGGACAUGAAAGUGAGUGGCAUGUACAUUGCGAGACAGCUGAGCUUCUCUGGGGUGUCUUUCCACGUUGAAGAGAUUGCGCUGGACAGUGGCUUCAAAGAGGUCUAUAAUAAAGCUGCCAGACUGUGGGCCGAGGCAUUGAAAACAUUCAUGCAGGCAGCUGAUGAGCUGGGCUUGGUCAGCAGGAAGUCUCUCUGGGGUCAAUUCUGGUCGUCUCACCAGCGCUUCUUCAAAUAUCUCUGUAUCGCUGCCAAGGUCCGCUCCUUGGUGGAGCUGGCCCAAAAAGAGCUGGACGCUGGGAAGUGCAUUGUUAUUGGACUCCAGUCUACCGGAGAAUCGCGCACCAGAGAAGUCUUGGAUGAGAAUGAUGGGCAUCUGGACAGAUUUGUUUCUGCAGCCGAGGGAGUUUUCCGAUCUCUUGUAACAAAGCAUUUCCCUUCAGAGAAGCAGAGGAGGGAAAAGGCACCAGGCAACAAGAGAAAACGAAAACCUAGAGGUCGCCAGCCCAAGGUACCCAAGCACAGUGUGGACAACAGCGGUGUGAUCAACAUCACUGAUGACAGCAGUAGCGACUCUGAUGGCAUAGACACAGACUCCAACUCUUCACCAGACUCACUGCUAGAUAAUGACGAUGUCAUCUUUGUGAACCAGACAAGCUACCAGACAGCCAGAAUAGAGGAAAUGAAGCAGGACCUCCUCAACAAAAUAGCAGGACUGGCAAACGAACUACCUCUCAACACCUUGGAUGAGCUCAUUGAUUUGUUUGGUGGACCAGAUAAAGUCUCUGAGAUGACUGGUCGUAAGGGUCGUGUGGUGCGACGUCCUGAUGGCACUGUCCGUUACGAGUCACGAGCUGAGCAAGGGCUUACGAUUGACCAUAUUAAUAUCAAGGAGAAAGAUCGCUUCAUGAACGGAGAGAAGUUGGUGGCUAUCAUCUCAGAAGCAGCGAGCUCUGGGAUUUCCCUGCAGGCGGACAAGAGAGUGAAAAACCAGAGACGUAGGGUUCACAUGACCCUGGAGCUGCCUUGGAGUGCAGACAGGGCUAUUCAGCAGUUUGGUCGAACUCAUCGGUCCAAUCAGGUGACAGCCCCUGAGUACAUCUUCCUCAUCUCAGAGUUGGCAGGGGAGAGACGUUUUGCCUCCAUUGUGGCUAAGAGACUAGAGAGUCUGGGUGCAUUAACACAUGGAGACAGACGAGCCACUGAAUCCAGAGACCUGAGCAGGUACAAUUUUGAGAACAAGUAUGGUACCAAGGCUCUGGAUAAAAUCACCAAAGCAAUUCUCGGCUUCAUAGAUAACAAGGUGCCCCCUCCCAAAGGCUACCCAGGGGGCGAUGCCAUGUUCUUCAGAGACAUGAAAGCUGGAAUGGUUGAUGUUGGCAUUUUAUGUAAGGAGCCCCGCAUUGGAAACAACAAUGAGAAAGACUGCAGCAUCACUAAGUUCCUAAAUCGCAUCCUGGGUCUGGAGGUCCACAAGCAGAACUACCUGUUCCAAUACUUCACUGACAACUUUGACUAUCUAAUUGAGAAGGAUAAAAAGGAGGGAAAAUAUGACAUGGGAAUUCUAGACCUUGCUCCAGGUAAUGAUGAAAUUUAUGAGGAGACACAGGAAACUUUCUUGACAGCUGGAAAUCCUCAGGAUGGUCAGGUUGUUCUUUAUAAGAUCAGUGUGGACAGGGGCAUGCCCUGGGAAGAGGCCUACAACAGGUCACUCAACCUCAGCGGGUCUGACGAGGGAUUCUACCUGUCUCUGAAGCUUCGAGGUAACCAUCCAUGUGUGCUUCUAGCUGAGCAAGGAAGAGGAAAGAACUUCGUUAUCUACAAGCCCAACAUCGGCAAGCAGACUCACCCUGAAGGCCUGGAUAAACUACACCAACGUUACAGGAAGGUGACCCCUGAGGAAGCCAAGGACUGCUGGGAGAACCAAUUCACCUUCUCUUUUAAGAAGUGCAGUCAUGCCAACUGGAACGGGAAGUGUAAGAAAAUUGAGGAAGGCCAGGAGUGCCUGGCGGGCAUGCGCCUCCGUCAGUAUCACAUGCUGUGUGGAGCUCUGUUGCGAGUGUGGAAGCGUGUCUCUGAUGUUGUGUCUGACAUCACCAACACCAGCAUCCUGCAGAUUGUCCGCCUCAAAACUAAGCAGCAUAACAAGCAAGUCGGUAUCAAGAUCCCAGAAAACUGUGUGGCUCGUGUACGUGAGGAGCUGCUGCAAAUGGAUGAAGAGGUGAAAAAGAGGCGAAAGGAGAAAGAGCUGGCUGCUGAGAAGCGCAAGGCAGAGGAAUACAUGCAGGCGCACAGACAUCUCCUGGAAAAUCUAACGAGCCAGAAACCCAUGCCUAACCAGUCCCUCCCUCCGUCUUUCCCUCAGGGACUGCAUCUACAGAGAAUGCUGCCCCAAACCCAGAACUCUUUAUCACAACUCAAUCCAUCCCUCUUACCCUUACAAAUAAAUUCUAGCCAAAUCCAACAAAGGACCCACAACGGCUGGCCAAACAAUUCCAGCUCCUUCUCCACCACCAACCAGGGCUCUCUGAACAGCACAGUUAGCCUCGGUAUGCCACCGUUUUACCCCCAGAGCUACAUAACCUCUUUUCCACAACCGAAGAGUGCAUCUCUUUCACUCCAUCAGACUAAGCCACCUCCCACCUUGUCUUCCACGAAUGCUCUGGAUGAGAUCUUAGACCUUACCAUGAGCUCUCCAUCUCCCUCUCCAGACAGCAUUGAUGGACUCGGUCUGGACAGUCUGACAAACAACUCUACAGCAUUCGGAGAUGAAUUUAAUCUUUUCAUCUCUCAGAAUGCAUCAAAUGCCCAGCAUGCUGCACAAGUACAGCAGCCUCUCAUGCUGCAACAGCAACAGCAGCAGCAGCAGAACUACAACUUGCCGGCCAAUAACCCACGCAAUGACUUGUUAGAAUAUCUUGACACACCCCUGUCCCCUCAGAUGACCACACAGAAAGCCAGCCCUUCGUCUUCUACCUCCUCCUGCUCUUCUUCCACGUCCUCCACCUCUUCUGUGACAAACAACAUGGGUUCUCUCUUCUCCAAUCCGUCCCCCAACUCUUUGUUUUCCAACGCUUCCUCUUACUUCCCCACACCCCAUCUCCUGCCCCCGCCAGACUCGAUUUCCUUACCCAAUGGCCACUGCAGCUCUGGUGCUCUUGAUGUCCGUGAGGCUUUGAACAGCAUGCUACAGGCUGGACUGGACCGCAAGUCUGUCAUUCAGUAUAGGCCACAAGAGUAAGAGCUCAAAGGGCCCAUCUGGACUUUGUAGGUUUUUUUUUAAUUUAUUUUUUUAUGUGUCUUAGAGCGUCUUGUUUGCUGCUGUCUUUGAUCGCAACCUUGGACCUACUCCCUCUCCCCUCAGGGCCUAUAGUCAAGUCACUGCCUGUCCUGCGUUGGGCUCACCUUUCUCUUUAUCCAUAGGUUUCGUUCCCUUGCUUUAGGCUGUUGAGGUAAUGACGGCUCGAUCAAUAUCAGAUUUCUGCACCAAAGUGUGUCCUCCGCGGUAAAAGGCAGCUGUUUAAAAAUAAAAGGAGAUGGGGAAAAUAAAGGAAAUUUUUAUUGAACAUACAGGCUGUUGAGGUGUGGAAAUCUUUAAUAAACCUCCUGCUGCUGAUUGUUUUCGAGGUAUGAUUGGUGAGUUGCUGGAAGCUCUAAAUGCCUUUCACUAGUUAAAACCACACCUUUAGACUUUGCAUUACUGCUACUGCAUUCAAGGCUUUGGUUUGAGUGAAACACAAGAUGGUUGAACUGGAAGAAACAUGAAAUCUUUUAGCUGAUUAGCGGUGAAAUGCCUCAGUUUUCCUCCCCCCCCCCCCCCCCCCCCCCCC